UAUCUUUCAAAUGUAGAGAAGUUUCAAGAAAAAAAAAGUAAAUGUACUUUGUUACAGUCCACCUCUCACCUGAUUUUGCUCUAUCCAAGACGUUUUCUUUAUUUAUUAUUAUAACACGUCAUCUGUGUCUGUCAGUUGUCCCCAUUUGUUAGGUUAAUAAAUUUCACGCAUUUUCUCCUAGAUAUGAUUGAUGGCUUGAAAAAUAAAAAUGCGAUUAGUUAAAUGUUUUGCUGUAAUUCAGGUGUUUUCUCAACAUUUUCUCCAUGCUUCGUCUCUAUAAGGGAUCAUAUAAUAUAAAUGUUCAUAUGUUGAUCUAUUCGUGUGCUUGACAUGAUUGUGAUCCUUCAUGCAGAACUGUCAAAAUAUUUUUUUUUUUAGCAUUAAGGUUAAUACUAUAUUUUUUUUUUUCAUGGAAGCCCUGUAAAGUAAAAAAUAAGAAAUAAUUGUCUUUACGCCAAGAAUUGUGACUUAAUAUCUCACAAUGUGACCUUAAUUGUUAACUUUUUCACGCAAUUACCUUUUUUUUACACUGAGGUGGAAAAGGCUUCAAUAGUUUAGUGACCGAAGCAGACCACAUUUUAUCACAUAAACCAACUUGACUGGCAUACGGUCUUGCAAUGAAGUCCACUAAACGGUUAUUUUGUAAGUACUUGCAUAACCCAAGAAUAGGUUUUCUUGAUUGAGAGCAUGGACAGAUUGUUUCCCAACAUCAUAAACAAAAACACAAUCACUAAACGAAUAUAGCUGUGGUGUAUUGAGAAUUAUGCAACAAAUGCGGAGAAAGUUCCAGAAUUGGGUGUGUAAAUGGCUGCUCUCUUUGUCACUUACUUUAUUGAGCAUUUUUCUCAAUUGGUUACAUAUGUGUGCCUGCUUUUCAUUGACAUUCACCAGAUAGCCAUGCCAACAAUACACACCCCAGGCAAGAAGCCAACAUGUGGGGCAAACAAAGCCUUUAAAUAGUGGAGUCAGAAGUCUCUCCACCAAUGCCAGCGACUCACAACAUGUGGACAAUCACAAGCACGCUCCUGCUGACAUGCUGCCUCCAGGCGGCUCUCGCUCAAACACAGGGUCGCGACGAUGAUGAACCAAGAGGCAGGAGGAACAUUUGGGAGGAUACAAUUGAGUUUCUUACCAAAGGCACCAAAGAUGAAUGCUUCUUGACCAUGACUGGACAUGGGGAUCUGACAAAGCUCCGCAUCUCUUGCCAGGGCCUGGAGCAUUCAUACUGGUGCGAGUACCAGGGCAAGCCUCAGGUCUGCCGAUCGUACAACAAAAAUCCACAGCAUUACUUCAGGCAGAUCAUGUGGAACCUCCGCAAGCUGCCGAAUGCUUGCCAGGGCCAAAGUGUAUUAAAGCCUCAGAUGUGCAAGAGAGCAUCCGACGAGGCCCAGAUGGUCUUCACAACUGCAUCCUCAGCAGACGCCCAGCCAAAGGACAGGCCCUACAGACCAGCCCCUGUCAGAACCGAGCAGACGAGACCUCAACAAAGACGACGAGAGCCCAAUGCUUCCAAAUCCAACACUCAGAGGAAAGUUAUUACACCUAAACCAACUGUGCCACAACCAACUACACAGGUACCCAUGAGUGAGGCCAAGAAACUUGCUCAGGAUUACUGCUGGCGCUCUUUUAAUGGUGUGUGUUCCUGGGUCAUUGGGUGGUUCAGAAAUUAAGGACAAGGUGGGACUCUUUUUUUUUUAAAUUACCAAACACAAUAUGAGUAAGUGUAAAUCUGAAAACUGUAUUUAAAAAAGUGUGUCCUCUCUGCAGUCACUCACAUUUCUGCAGAUAACAAACCCCAUUCAAGAUGACUCUGAAAUGUCUAACGUGAAGGUUUCGGACUGACAGAGACACCAUUCUCUAAAAUAUAUUCUUAUGUUUGCAAAUGUUCAGACUUUAAUGUACAAUGUAUCAGAAUAGUCAGGAUUACAAAACUAGCAAUGAAUUUGGGUGUUGAGCAUAAUGCUGCCAACUGUUGUUAUACUGUUGUUGUUUUCCAAUCCAUAAACUAUAUGAUGAGGAACUUCAUCUUAUCAUGUGUACUGAAUACUAUAUGUGUAUUAAUCCUUGCUAUGUUAUGUAGCCGACUGCUGACCAAUUAUGGGUCAGUAUUUCUGAAAGUUGGAACCACAGGUCACUUCAGACUGUAAUAUAUCAAUAUGAAAACUCACAAUGAACAUGUCUCUGUUUACUGCAUUUUAAUAGUGAGGUACUCAGGCUAUAUGUUUUUGUAAUAUACAAGUUUAUAGGCUGUAUGUUUUGUGUAUGUUCUGAUUAAAUUUGGGCUCUUUACCUUA